CAAUGCUGCCCAGCACAACCCCCGCUCCCAUGAUGUCAGAAGGUGUCACGGUCUCAUAGAGCACAUAGUACUGUAACAUCAGGGCCACCACCACCUCAGAGUGCAGGACAGCACAUACCAGGGCAGGGUGGGCCUUGGUGACUGCAUAGCUCACACACACAAAGGAAACCAACGCAAGGAGCCCCACUGCCACCACGCAGCUCCAGCUCAGAGGGUCUUGGGGUAGCACAGGUGUCUGCAGCACAAAGAGGCCUGGUACGGAGACCAUUAGCCCCACCAGGCCGAAUAGGAAGGCCACUGUUGGUAGGCAGGAGGGGAAGUGUAGAGAGCGGUAAACCUGUAGCCCCAGUGACAGUGCCAGACCUCCCAGGAAAGCCAGUACGUAGCCCAGGGCUGUGUAGAGGCCUGUAGUCCCCUCUUGCAAUGUGCCUAGUCCAGGUCCCACAAUGAUGAUUAGUCCGAGGGUGCUGCCGAACAGGCCACACCAGGCGUAGCCACUGAGACCUUGGCUCUCCAGGCAGAGUGCUAGGAGGGCAGAGCACACGGUGGAAGAGCCUUUGCGAACAGUGACUGCAUUGCCGGCAGGCACCACCUGCACCGCACUGUAAGCACAUCCGAUGCUGAGAACGUUGAGCAUGGCGUGAAGGAAGGCCCGAACCCGGACGUCAGGCGGUCCUAGCAGCGGAUCACCACGAAACUUAAGUAACAAGGCAAUGGGGAGGUGGAAGAGGCAUCGAAAGAUGAGUAGCUCCAACGAGGGCAAGUGGGAGGUCUGGUAAGCCAUACGGGAGAACGGGCCCACGAAGCCAGCAGACAGGCCUCCACCCAGCAGGGCCACAAACAGGCCCUUGGUGGCAUCAGAGGGCCCGCAGCGAUGGUGAGAGUUCGAGAGGAAGCUGACUGGAGUGGAGGGCGGUGAUGGCUGGGUGAAGUCAGAAGGAAAAGGCCAGGCUGAAGGAACUUGCUGAGCUGCUGCUCUGCUCCAUGUUGGCUAUGUUCUCAGCCUCCGAGGCUCCUGACCUCAGCUCAGUCAGCCUCUGAGAUUCUCCCUGGCCUCUCUUCCCCACAUCUAGGCUGGCACCAUGCCACCCCCUGCAGAGGUGACAGAUCCGUCCCAUGCCCCUGCUGUCCUGCAUCAGCUCAAUGAGCAGCGACUCCGUGGCCUCUUCUGUGAUGUCACCCUCAUAGCUGGAGACACCAAGUUCCCUGCUCACCGCAGCGUCCUGGCUGCCUCUAGUCCCUUCUUCCGAGAUGCCCUACUAGCUUCAGCUCCACUGCCCCUCCCACCGGUCACUGGUGGCUCAGCUCCCAGCCCUGCAACCACCGCAGCUGCCUCGUCCUCCUCGUCCUCCUCUCCCCCUCCAGCCUCUCCUCACUCUUCAACCCCUCCGCGGGUCCUAGAGCUGCCCGGUGUCCCGGCAGCUGCCUUUUCCGAUGUCCUCAACUUCAUCUAUAGUGCCCGGCUUGCACUCCCUGGUGGGGGAGGGGAUGGGGCAUCUGUGGCUGAGAUUGGAGCUCUGGGGCGGCGGCUGGGUAUCUCCCGCCUACAGGGCCUGGGGGAAGGAGGCGAUACGUGGGUACCUCCUGCUCCUCCCCUGGCCUCCUCACAGCCUGAGGAGCACGGCUUAGGGCCAGGACCUAGAGCAGAUGGCCAGUGGGAGGGUAACAAAGCUGAGGCCCAGGCUCCUGACUCACAACCCUCCUUGUCCCGGAGGCCCUUUCCCUGCCCUCGAUGUGGAAAAAGCUUCAUCCAUCCCAAGCGGCUGCAGACACAUGAGGCCCAGUGUCGAGGGGGGUCCAACCCUCGGGGGUCUGCAGGCCUAGGAGCUGGGGCCCCUGGCCCUGGGGGGCCUGCAGGAGUGGAUGCCUCAACCCUGCCAGCACCCGUGGGCUUCAGAGAUGGCCCUGAGCAUGUGGUGAAGGUGGUGGGCGGCCAUGUGCUCUAUGUGUGUGCGGCCUGCGAGCGUUCCUACGUGACCCUGUCCAGCCUGAAGCGGCACAGCAAUGUCCAUUCGUGGCGGAGGAAGUACCCCUGCCGCUACUGUGAGAAGGUGUUUGCCCUGGCUGAGUACCGCACCAAGCACGAGGUGUGGCACACCGGGGAGCGCAGGUACCAGUGCAUCUUCUGCUGGGAAACCUUUGUCACCUAUUAUAACCUGAAGACCCACCAGCGAGCCUUCCAUGGCAUUAGCCCCGGCCUCCUAGCCAGUGAGAAGACACCCAAUGGAGGCUACAAGCCCAAGCUUAAUACCCUCAAGCUGUACCGCCUGCUCCCCAUGCGGGCAGCCAAGCGGCCAUACAAGACCUACAGUCAGGGAGCCCCUGAGGCCCCUCCUUCUCCAAGCCUCCACACACCGAUCCCUGCAGCAAUGCCAGCCAGCCCCCCACUCCUGCCCCCACCUGCCCCAGAGCCUGGCCCUCCCCCUUCUGUCAUCGCCUUUGCUCACCCAGCUCCCUCUGUCAUUGUCCAUGGGAGCAGUAGCAGUGGUGGAGCCGGGGGUGGGCCAGCCAGCACAGGAGGGUCUCAAGCUGCCUCAGUCAUCACUUAUACGACUCCCCCAAGACCCCCCAAGAAACGAGAGUACCCACCUCCUCCCCCUGAGCCUGCAGCAACACCCACCAGCCCUGCCACAGCUGCAGGGCCAGGCUCAGCCACAGAGGAGGCCAAGGGCCGGAAUCUGCGGGCUGGGAGGACUCUGACUUACACAGCCAAACCCGUGGGUGGGGUUAGUGGGAGUGGGGGUUCCCCCACAGGGACAGGCCGAGGCUCCUCUCAGCUUCAGGCUCCACCUCCGCUGUGUCAGAUCACUGUGCGAAUUGGGGAGGAAGCCAUUGUCAAGCGUCGCAUCUCAGAAACUGACCUGCGUCCUGGAGAGCUGAGUGGAGAAGAUGUAGAGGAGAGUGAGGAGGAGGAGGAGGAGGAGGAGGAGGACCAGGAGGAAUCCAAGGCUGGAGGGGAAGAUCAGCUCUGGAGGCCCUACUAUUCAUACAAGCCUAAGCGCAAGGCUGGCGCUACUGUUGGUGGCCUCAGCGGGGUCAGCGGACUGCCCCGAGGAGGACGAAGACCACCACGCUGGAAGCAGAAGCUGGAACGAAGGGCCUGGGAGGAGACCCCAUCAGUGGAGGGCCCAGGAGGACGAGGACGUGGUGAGCGUAGGCACCGUUGCGGGGACUGUGCCCAGACCUUUGCCACCCUGAGGAAGCUGAGGAAGCACCAGGAAGCCCACAGUGGGGGCUCCCACGGCUCCAGGACUGGGAGGAGGUCUUCCACCCGAUUCACCUGCCCCCACUGUGCCAAGGUGUGUAAGACGGCAGCUGCCCUGAACCGACAUGGGCAGAGGCAUGCUGUGGAGCGACCUGGGGGCACUCCCACACCUGUCAUUGCCUACUCCAAAGGCAGCAUUGGCACCAGGCCCACUGAGAUCAAGGAGGAGGCCCCCCAAGAGAUGCAAGUGUCUUCCUCAAGUGGGGAGGCUGGCAGUGCUGCUGCUGCUGCUGCUGCUGCAGCCCCUGAAACUGCCUCGCUCCAAGACCCUGUCAUCUCUGGGGGUGAGGAGCCCCCAGUAGCAGGUGGGGGCAACUAUGUGUACCCACCUGUUCAGGAAUUUCCCCUGGCCCUGAUAGGAGGCAGCCGGGAGCCCUGUGGUGGCAGAGGAAAACCUGGGAAUGAGGGGCCAGUGGGAGCUUCUGAGGGAGACCGGGUGGAGGGGCUGGGGACUGCCAAAGUCACCUUCUACCCUGAACCGUACCCACUUGUCUAUGGCCCCCAGCUUCUUGCUGCCUACCCUUACAACUUCAGCAACUUGGCUGCUCUUCCAGUUGCUCUCAACAUGGUCCUACCUGAUGAGAAGGGGGGUGGGGCCCUUCCCUUCCUGCCGGGGGUCUUUGGCUACACAGUGAAUCCUCAAGCAGCACCCCUUACACCACCAACCCCACCUCCCCCAACUCUUCCUCUGCCAGUUCCCCCUAAGGGAAUAGGGGAACCGGCAGGGGUUGAGAGAACCCAAAAGGGAGAUGUGGGGUGAGCAGUAAGGCCAGAUCCCCUUUCACCAGAUGCCACCCUCCCCGAGCCCCCCACCACUAUCAGCUCCCUGGCUUCCCUGCCUCUUGGGAGCCCCAUAACACUCUAGUGCAGGGAUUUGGGGGCCCCUGGAGCUCAGGAGUCAGGCUGCUUUGUGUGAUUGUAGUCUCCCCACCCCCUGAAAAGGGAUUUUUGGUGGUUCCCCUCUCAGUCUUUUCCAGGGAAUGGCCCCUGUGAGGGGAAGAGCCAGCUCCCAUCCCUUCUCCAGCCCUUGGGGCAACUGAGCAAUAUACUUAUCUGACUCUCUACUUACAGCCCCCACCAGCUCUGAAUGUCUAACCUGCUCCCCUGAUUUGUAAACCUGGGGGAAGCUCACCUAAUGAUGCCUGCUGUUCUGAAGCUCUCUCUAAGCCCUUCCCCCAUGCUUCCUAGCACAUUCCAUUCUUUGUGGCCCAGGGCCUGGACCAGACCAUUGUGAUAUCCACCCAACAGCCUGGAAGCAUGGCUUUGGAUUCCGUUCUUCCCAAGGGUGGGUUUCUCUGUCCUUGUUUCUUUCAUAUUACGAUGCCAUGCUUCCUUGGCUUCCAUGCCUUUGGAUCUUCCAUAUUCCUUCCUGUGCUCCUAGACUUUGGAGAUGGCCUAACCCAAUCCAGGUCAAAAGGAGAUGGGAGGUGUUCUACGGCCGAGCACUUUUUCAGUACAGGGCAGGGAAAUCUUGGGCCCUACCUUUACCCCCAAAUCCAGUGACUCCAGAUUCUUCUAAGAUGAAAGAGGUGAAUAGAUCAUAUCUCUUCUGGCCUUUAUACAUGGCUUCUUUGGGGCUAAACCGAGUUUGAGCACCAUGUCUGAAGCACUCCAUGUAGGAUGAAGAGACGACUUUCUCCCUGCCAGCCCUCACUAUGGUUUCUUCUAGAUUAGACCAAAUAGCCAGAAAAUCGGUGGGGGGUUCAUGUGUGAGUAAACCCUCCACCCUUGCCUCUACCUUAUCUCCUCUAGUGUCACUGUCCUGCCAGUCACUCCAGAUGGUUUCGAGGGCGCCAUCCUUCUCUUCUGGUGGGCUUUGGGGUAUCCCCACCAACUAUGCCUCCAAAAUAGCACCUUAUACCCCAUCUCUGACUCAGUUCCCCACACCCAAAGAUCCCAGCCUAGGGAUGGGGUGCAGGGAUUUUAAAUAGUCCCUAAUCCCUAAUUUGCACUAGUUAACCCUGGUCAGGGGUCCCUAUGUUUCCUUCCAGUGGGGAAGAUAAAGAAAGGUUUGUUCCUAAUUCUUGUGGAAAAUGGGGCCUCCCUAAUGUGUGAUUACCCACCACACCUCCCCCACAAAAAAAAAAUCUCACAAGGGGAGAGCCAGUUGAGGGGAGCAACUUUGAUGUGGGAAUUAGAGGAGCAUGACUGUUGAAAAGAGAGAGACUGUUGUAAUCCAAAUGACAGCUUUCUGACAGCUACUGCUUUCUGGGGCCAAGAUGGCUGCCCUCUGACCUGCUGUGGAGAGGGCAAGAUCAUGGCUUUGGAGGGAGAUGAGUUUGGAAAGGCCAGGAGCAUCUUCCUGCCCCUUCCUAACCUCCCAGUACAUAGGAAGGGGGAGGUUUUGGACAGGCUUCCUGAAUGUUAAUCCUAGAGGGGCCGCUCCAGUCCUCCUCUGUCUCUUUGCACUUUUCUUGGUCUUGGCCACAGCCUGAGUGAAGAAUUUCCUACUGAAUGUACCAAGUUCCAGUUUUUAAGGGGGAAAAAGUUUCAAACAGGGAAAAAUGGGGGAAAAGAAAAAAAAAAUCACUAAAAAUUCCCAUAAAUCUUGUUUCAGGCACUUUAGAAAAACUGCAAAAAAUACAUAAUAAAGAAUACCUAUAUAUAUCUACACACAAAUUAUAUAUAUAUAAAUAUAUCUAUAUAUACAGUGGAACCACAAGAGAGACUGAGGAAGGCCUGAAGGCAGGGGCAGCUAUGACAAGUCUCCUGUCCCCUUCAGCUGUACUCCUCUGAGGAAGUCAGGAGAGUAGAAGGGGUGAAAAUGGACUGUGGAAUUUGAAUUUCAGAAUAGAUCAAAAUUCCAAAACCACGCACCUUUUGGAAGAAUCGAGAUUAUAAGUGUUUAUUUUGUUUUUUAAUAUGGGUAAGGAGAAUAGCUCCCAGAAUUUGGCAACAAAGUUAUGGCAAAGCAGAAACUUAAAAAUAUGUAUUUGAGCUGGAAAGUUUCAAUAUGUGAGUUUCAGGUAUUGAUAAUUUUGGGUUUUGUCAUUUGAAAAUGAUCAAGUCUUGUCAGCAUGUGCCCUCUUUCCUCAUGUUCCCUGGGAAGAGGGCAACAGAGUGAGAAGGGCCACUGGUUCUGUACCACAGCACGCAAGAUUUAGAAUUCUAGCUCUGUACGUAGUGAGGACCCAGAUUUAGAGAAACUGACCAAUAUUUAUCUCCAGAUUUGUGUGUUUCCAAUUCUCUAGGCCAAUAAACCAACAAGACAAAUGAACUGUGCUUUCAGUGGGGUGCCAGGUGCGGUGGUUUGUGUGGCUGAUGGUUGUGGGGACAGGGAUCCCGAGACCUGUAGCCUAGUCUCCCUCCCGGGACAGAUGUCUAGCAAUUGAGUUGAUGUGAGGCUUGUCAACGCCAGGUGUUUCACUGUAAUUGUGUAGCCACUAGACACUUGCUUACUUUGAUCUGACCUCCAGGUAGAGACAUUGACUCAGGAGCUGGGAUGUAGCUCAGUUGAGAGCUUGCCUAGCCUGCAGGAAACCCUGGGUUUGUUUCUCAGUCCAACACGGUGGCAUGCACCUCUAAUACAAGCACUUGGGAGGUGAACGCAAGAGGAUCAGAAGUUCAGGGCCAUCCUCAGCUACACAUAGAAUUCCAGACUAGCCUGGGCUUCACGGGCCACUUUCUCAAAAUGCAGUGCCGCCUCCUCUAGAAGCAUCCUCAAGGAGUAUAAGUGCUAGGCUCAAGACUUCUGAGUCCCAGCAUAACCUCUGCCUUAAACCAGGUCCUACUCUUUUUCUAGUUUGAAGGUACACGGGGGCAGAGACUGCAGCGUGGCCAUCAGAGCCCUUCUUCCACUAGCGUCCUCGCUGGCUUCGUCUUGCCUGCUGCGUAUUCCGCCCGUGUUGUGCAGGGGUGGUUGGGAACAUGAGGAAGGCUGGUAGGGUAGAUGGGAGCUUCGAGGAAUUCUGUCGAGAGCUCCCUGGCCGGAGUGGACAGCCACUGAAAAGCCCUAGCGAGUUGCCACCAACAGCAGCUGCAGGUAUAGUGUCGCUGGAGUUGUGUAAACAUUUUCAAGAGAAGCCUGAAAUCCAAUGUCUGUGAAAUACACACAUUUUAAAGGUACCAAGCUUCCCAUAUUUUUCCUUUAAUUUCAUGUGUGUUUUGUUUGCCUGUGGGUGCACCACAAGAGUACUGUGCCAGAAAAGAGAAUAUUGGAUCCCCUGGGAAUGGAGUUACAUAUGUGGGUGUGGGAAUCAAACCCUGGUUCUCUAGAAGAGCAGCCAAUGUUCUUCACCUCAGAAUCAUCUCUCUCCAGCCCUUAAUUCAAACUUAAAAUUAUACACCUUUAAUCCCAGCACUCAGGAAGCAAAAGCAAGUGGAUCUCUGUGAGCUUGAGGCCAACCUCGACUACAUAAGUUCUAGGCUAGCCAGGGCUACAUAGCGAAACCCUGUCUCAAAAACAACCAAAACAAAACAGCCAGUAGGGCAUAGUGAUGCAUACCUCUAAUCCUAGUUACUCCAAAUACAAGAAGAUAGAAUGUUAGAGCUGACGGCCAGACUGUACAACUUACUAAGACCCAGUUUCUAAAAACAAAACAGGCAUGGUGGAUUAUGCCCAUGAUCCCAGUACUUAAAAGAGUCGAAAGUAUCAAGAGUUCAAAGUUGUCUCAAGCAACGAUAUCAAAACCAUGAACUCAAAAAUGAAGGAAAAAUAAGGGUAAGUAGUUACCUAUUGUUUGCAAGGACCUAGAUUCAAUUUCAACUACUCCAAAACAAACCAAUAAAUAUUGUAAGCCCAACAACACAGGCAAAACAAAAACAAAUACAAAACAAAACACCAUUUCAAAGCUGUGACAUAUGAAUUUCCUAUGGGCAUAUACUACUUUCUGCUUCAUUUUACAGAUAUAGAAACAUUCUUAGUUUAGUGGUAUGUGUGCCAAAAUUAGAACUUGAAUAAAGUUGUUUGUGUGAGACAGGCUCUCUCGCUCUGUAUCCUAACCGUGGUGAAUCCCACAGCAGUCCUGCCUCAGCCUUCCAAUACUGGGAUUCUAAGUAUGAGCCACUAUGCCUGACUUGAAUAAAUGAGAAAUUGAGACCUCU